CUGAGAGACCAGAAGGAUAGUAGCUAUUACCGUCUCAUGCCGGCUACCUCCGGAGGUACCUCGCGGCAAGGACCAGCGCGCGCGCAGGUCCCGCCCAAAGCAAGCCGCGCUAGCCAGUGACAGUUGUGCCAAAUCCCGCCCAAACAACAACAAAGUCAGUCGCAAACAGUCUGUCGAGUAAACGCGAGUCGACUACCGCAAGUAAUAUAAAGGCUGCGCGGUCUUCUCUUUUCUUCCAUCUCACGACUAUCCUCAAACUCCCGCUCGCGUACUUGAUCAUGGGCUCGACCGACCAACAGCCCACCAACGGGGGGCCAGACCUUUCCCACCUGGGGUAUUCGCCCAUUGUGAAAGUUUCCGAGCCUUGGACCGUCGAGAAGGUGCUUGAGAAAAUCGAUGAGAAGCCGAGAGAGGAUUCCAAAUCAGCUUUGUCCUUCUUACACAUGCUCGAGCGACUGAAGACCACCAAGCGCGAAGGCUGGCGCCGGUUUGGCAUUCAGAGGGGCGAGAGCAUUUCCGACCACAUGUACCGCAUGUCGCUCAUUUCCAUGUUCGCACCCGUCUCACUCCGACCAAAGCUCGAUCUCUACAAGUGCAUGCGCAUGUGCUUGAUCCACGACAUGGCUGAACUUCUGGUUGGCGAUAUCACUCCCGUCGAUGGCGUCCCCAAGCCUGAGAAGAACCGCCGCGAGGCGGCGACAAUGGACUACCUCACCAAGAACCUGCUGCGGGGCGUCCCUGGUGGCCCAGACGUUGGCGACGAGAUUAGGUCGAUAUGGCAGGAAUACGAAGACUCCCAGACCCUAGACAGCCACUUUGUGCACGAUGUGGACAAGAUCGAGCUGCUGUUGCAAAUGGUCGAAUAUGAGAAGAAGGGAGAUGGCAAGCUCGAUCUGGGCGAGUUCGCAUACGUUUCGAGGAAGAUGACACUGCCGGAGAUGCAAACGUGGGGCGAGGAGAUUAUCCGCGAGCGCGAGGAGUUCUGGGGAAGUGUCAACCACAUACAUGGCGAAAAGGGCGUUGAGGGCGGUAUCCGCGAAGAGACAAGAGCGCAGCAGGAGGACUAUUACCAGCGAUCUUAGGCCGCGUGGGCGACUUACCAUCGUCCAGGGCUGCCAGUCGGUAGAUAACGAGGAUAUGAGCCGAGUUAAGAAGGCAUUGCGAGCAUAGGUCGGUGCACAAUCUCCGUGGUAGAUGUAUCUAGGAGAUAA